CCUCUCGUUUUCUCUCUCUCUCCCUCUCGUUUUCUCUCUCACUCUCCCUCUCGUUUUCUCUCUCUCACUCUCCCUCUCUCGUUUUCUCUCUCUCCCCCUCUCUCGUUUUCUCUCUCUCCCUCUCGUUUUCUCUCUCUCUCCCUCUCGUUUUCUCUCUCACUCUCCCUCUCGUUUUCUCUCUCUCUCCCCCUCUCUCUCUCUCUCACACUCUCCCUCUCGUUUUCUCUCUCUCACUCUCCCUCUCUCGUUUUCUCUCUCUCCCCUCUCUCGUUUUCUCUCUCUCCCCCUCUCUCGUUUUCUCUCUCACUCUCCCUCUCGUUUUCUCUCUCACUCUCCCUCUCGUUUUCUCUCUCUCUCCCCCUCUCUCUCACUCUCUCUCUCUCUCACUCUCCCUCUCUCUCUCACACACACACACCCAAAUACACGCCCGUUUGAAACCAAAUCCUUUGCUUCAGCUCUGCACCUGCGGUGCGCGCCCGCUUCCUCCAUUCGCAUUCCGUUGACGGAGGGGGCAAUGGCCACCGUGCAUCGCAGCGGGCGCCGAGGGACCGAUGAGGUAAACGGAAAGGAGAAGAGAGAGGCGAUGGCUGAAGAGGAGGCCGGCCAGGAGACGAACCUCGGGGCCUACUCGCCGGUGGAUUACAUGAGCAUCACCAGCUUUCCACGGCUGCCCGAGGACGACGCGGGCUCCACUGAGAAUGUCCUGCGCUACCGCAAAGAGGACGAUUCAUCCCUUUGUGAUCCGGAUACAACAGAUCCUGACCUGUUCCUGAAAACAGCCCGCCUGCAACGCCUGCCCUCCUCCUCCUCUGAGAUGGGCAGUCAGGAGAUAUCGCCACUUCGAGUGACAAACAAGGACCCGUUUUCUGGUGACUGCGCCUGUCGCCAGGAUGGCUUGACUAUCAUCAUCACUGCCUGUUUAACGUUUGCAAUCGGAGUCACCAUCGCCUUGAUUUUGCAGAUAUACUUUGGAGACCCACAGAUCUUUCACCAAGGAGCAGUGGUUACAGACGUGGCCCAUUGCUCUGCAGUUGGUACUGAAAUACUGAAUCGUGGAGGCUCUUCAGUGGAUGCAUCUAUUGUGUCUGCGUUAUGCCUCGGGAUUAUCCAUCCCCACAGCUCUGGAAUUGGAGGGGGUGGAGUCAUGUUAGUUCAUGAUAUCAGGAAGAAUGAAAGCUCCAUCUUUGACUUCAGGGAAACGGCUCCAGGAGAGGCCGAGGAACAGAUGCUCGCACAUGGCUGGGAGGACAAGCCUGGUCUCUUGGUAGCUAUCCCAGGUAUGAUACGAGGAUUUCACCAGGCCCACCAACUCUAUGGCAGAAUCUCCUGGUCUGAGUUAAUGUCUUCAGCAUCAAAAUUUGCGCAGGAAGGUUUUAACAUCACUCAGGAGCUUGCUAAAGCAAUUGAUCAAGUAAAGGACAAAAACAUGUCGGAGAUUUUCCGUGAAAUCUUCCUGCCAUAUGGGCAACCACUGCAGCCAGGCUCUUUCAUGAAACGCUUAGAUCUGGCAGCCACUUUGAAUGCGAUUGGCACGGAGGGUGCUUCAGCAUUUUACACCGGGAAUAUUACCGAAGAAAUGGUUUCUGAGGUUCGGAGUAAAGGUGGAGUCCUCACUGCCGAGGAUUUUGCUAACUACAGCGUGAUUGUUGAGAAGCCAAUUGAAGGAUCGUACCAAGGUCGUUUCGUGCUCACUGCUCCGCCCCCGCAUACGGGACCCGCACUCAUUGCUGCUCUCAACAUUUUGGAAGGCUUUAACAUAACAGCCCAGGCAUCCAGGAAUCUGACCUACCACUUACUCACAGAGACAUUGAAAAUAGCCUUAGCUCUUGCAAGCAGUCUCGGAGACCCUUCCUUCGAUUCCACAACAAAUGAGGUGACAGAGAAGAUGAUAAGCAAAUUGGAAGCCAAUUCUCUGCGCCAGCUGAUUAAUGAAAGUGUGGCCUUCCCUCCAAACCACUACCUCCCCCUCUAUUCCCUGAAGACUGGACCUUCCACAAGCCAAGUCCAUGUUAUCGGACCUGAUGACUUCAUCGUUUCCAUUGUAAGCUCUCUGAACCAGCCUUUUGGCAGUGGGAUCAUGACAACCUCCGGGGUCCUUCUCAACAGCCAGAUGUUGGACUUCUCCUGGUCAGAUUCAACGCAGGACAAUCUGACGGUGAACAUGAGAAAUAUUAUUCAAGCUGGAAAGAGGCCUCUCUCCUUCUUGUUGCCGACCAUUGUCCGGCCAUUGCAAGGCGUGUGUGGAACGUACCUGGCCUUGGGAGCGUCCAGUGGAACCAAAGCCCUGAGCAGCGUUACUGAGGUCUUGUUGAACGUAUUCUCCUUCCACAAGCAACUGAAUGAAAGCUUGGCUCUCGGCCGACUCUAUGCCCAGCUCCAGCCGGAUGUUUUGCUGGUCGACAAUGAAUUCCCAGAGGAAGAUAUGGAAUACCUUGCGGAGAGGAAUCACACUGUGAUGAGAGAGGACAUCUUUUCCUUGGUCCAUGUAGCCAGGAGGAUAAAUGAUUUCAUCACUGGUGCCAAGGAUCCUCGGAGCAGUGAGGCUGCGGUGGCUCUCAUCUCCUAGCCGCAAAAACAUUUGUUUCCCCUCUUUCCCUUUGCUCUUUUGGUUCGCUGUGAUGUCAUAAAAACGAGAGACAAAGGUUAGCGAUGAAGAACAAUGGUCGUGAAAAACAGUAAGAGGAGAAUCAAAAUCCUGGAUAUGCUACCCUUCAUCUUGAGCCUGGCUAUCAGUCAUGUGUCGGACUAGAGAUGGCCGCACCUCUGCUGUUCACCAUUGUUGUCUGGAGUAGAACCCAUGUCAUUCUGCCUCAGAAUCAUUGUGAAAUAUAUACUUACUUGGCAGUACUUUUCCUGCACACACCCCACCGUUCUCCUUCAUUUUCUCAUCCUGUACUCCAGUGAUUCCGAGGAUUCUCAAGAUCCUGGAAGUGUUAAGCCGUCGGUCAAUUGUGAAUCCAGUGAUAUUACUGACAGCGCUCGUUCUAGAAGCCCAUUGUUAGUUUCUUAAUGUUAUCCCACUGAUGUGCUGUGCUGAGAAUACAGUUUGUUAUACCUAAAAGUUGAAGCUAACAAAAGUCUGGCAACACACACAAAGCACUGGAGAAACUCAGCAGGUCAGGCAGCAACUACACAUUCUUAUGGCCAGCACCCCAACUGGUGCAUAGGCCAUGGACAGCAGCUGUCCAGAGUCAUCUGUCCUAGGCCAGUCUUUCAAGUUGUCCCAGGUGUAGCCCAUCUUAUUUAUUUGUUUAGAGUACAAGCCCUUCUGCCCCCACACGCCCAGCACCCCACCUGUUUAACCCUAGCUUAAUCAUGGGACAAUUUACAAUGACCAAUUAACCUACUAACUGCUAUGUCUUUGGACUGUGGGAGGAAACCGGAGCAGCUGGAUGAAAACACCAAGAUCCUUCCUCUCCCAGGGGGCUCCUGUUGGUGUUUCUUUUGCUCUGGGCCUUUAUGGAAUGGGGUUGCUAGCCACAUGCCCAACCUUCCUCAUUUCACAGCCAGGCUUGGGGCCACCCAUGGCAGAGUUUGGUAGCAUCUAGGGGGAGGAAUACAUAGUCGAUGCUUGAUAAAGAUCCUGAAGAAGGGUCUUGUCCCAAAACUAUGACUGUUUAUUUCUCUCUAUAGAUACUGCCUGGGCUGCUAAGUUCCUCCAGCAUUUUGUGUGUGCUUCUCUAGAUUUUCAGCAUCUGCAGAAGUCUGCUGAGCCUUAACACAUCCUGUUGUGAUUACCCUGUUGACACCCAGAGUAAUGGACUGGAAUGUCUCAGUGGGUAAUGGAGAAAUGCAGAGGAACCCCCUAACCACAAGUACAGCCCAUGCGUACUGGCAGUCUGCUGUACUCAGUCUCCAAACUGCCCACUGCACCGACUACGUCCUCUUCAAUUUGGCCACGAUGCAAAUCCACAGGAAGAUCAGUCACCCAAACUAGCCCCAUUUCUGCUUUGACCCCUCCAUAUCUUCAGAGAGUAUCUGAAGGUGGAGCAGGAGCCACUGUCUGUGGGGGGGCCUCCCGACCAGUGCAGUGACACCUUGGAGGUGACCAGUCAUUCGUGGCGACACAGUGGCGUAGUGGUAAGGGCAACGCUUUACGGUACAGGCGACCUGGGUUCAAUUCCCGCCUCGGACCUUGUAUGUUCUCCCUGUGACUGCAUGGGUUGCCUCUGGAUGUCCUGCUUUCCCCCCACAUUCCAAAGACGUAGGUUAAUUGGACGCAUGCGUGUAAUAAGGCAGGGUAGGCUCAUUAAGCUAGAAGGGCCUGUUACCAUGCUGUAUCUCUAAUUUAAAAAAUAAUAAUAGAUUAUAGAAGUUUACAGCUGCAUACAGGUCCUUCGGCCCACAAUGCUGUGCUGACCUUUUAACGUACUCUGAGAUCUAGGACCUUCCCUCUCACAUAGUCCUCCAUUUUUCUAUCAUCCGUGUGCCUAUCUAACAGUCUCUUAAAUGUCCCCAAUGUAUCUGCCUCCACCACUUGACUGUAAGGGGAAAGAAGUUGUUCCUAAAAUGUUGAGUGUGCAUCUUCAGGCUCCUGCACCUCCUUCCUGAGAGUAGUAAUGAGAAGAGGGCAAGUCCUGGAUGGUGAGCAUCCUUAAUCAUAGAUGCCACCUUGGUGAGGCAUUGCCUUUUGAGGAUGCCCUCGAUGGUGGGCAGGGCUGGCUGAGUCGGCAACGUACUCAGAGUUUGUGGAACCUCUGCAGAGUUUUCCAAUCCUGUGCAGUGGCACCUCCAUAAGUCAACAAAUGAACAUUGAGAGUCGUGGCAGAAAUCAGUCAUUUGGUCACGCUGCAUUUAAGUAAAAUUAGCAUUCCAUUUUGAAAGUAUGCUGACACUGGAGAGGGUUCAAAGGUGGUUCAUGGAAAUGAUUCCAGGGUUGAAAGGCUUAUCAUAUGAGAAGCGUUUGAUGGCUCUGGGCAUGUACACACUGGAAUUCAGAAGAUUGGGGGUGGGGGGGGUGGAGGGGAUCUCUUUGAAGCCUAUUGAAUAUUGAAAGGCCUCGAUAGGGUGAAUGUGGAGAGGAUGUUUCCUAUGGUGGGGGAGUCUAAGACCAGAGGACACAGCUUCAGAAUAGAGGGACAUCCAUUUAGAACAGAGAUGGUGAAUCUGUGGAAUUCAUUGCCACAGGCGGUUGUAGAGACCAAGUCAUUGGGUAUUUAUAAAGCAGAAGCUGAUUGGCUCUUGAUCAGUAAAGGCAUCAAAGAUUAUGGCGAAUGGGUUUGAGAGGAAUAAUAAAUCAGUCAAGGUAGAAUGGUGGAGCAGAAUUGAUGGGCCACAUGACCUAAUUCUGCUCCUAUAUCUUAUGGUCUUGCCCUUUUUCUGCACCCACCUCAGUCUAGGUCAUCGGCACCUAUUUUCUCCAGCCAGAGAGUGAUGAAUCAGUGGAAUUUGUUGCCACAGACAACUUUGGAGGCCAAGUCAUUGGGUAUAUUUAAGGCAGAGGUUGAUAGGUUCUUGAUUGGUCAUAGCAUGAAGGGAUACAGGGAGUAGGCAGGAGAUUGGGGCUGAGAGCAAAAUGAUGAAAUGGUGGAGCAGACUCGAUGAGCCAAAUAGUCCCUCUAAUUCUGCUCCUAGAGAGAAAUCAGUGACAGAAAGUGAUUUCUACUGUCGUCUGUAAAUGUUGGCAGGCACAUUCAUUUACAAGCAACACCUUUGGGUAUUUAACCAGAGUUACUUUGUAGUUUCUUCCCAGUACACUGACAAACCUUUAAAAUUGUUUCCCUCUCUUCCUCAGUAGCUCAAUUCCACUGACCAUUUUCAAAAGUCCCCUUCAAUAAAGAUUACACUAAUUAACUCAAAAUAGUUUUUAUUUUUGGUUUUACUUCAGAGGUUUUCCCCAGCUUACAGUUGCCCAGCUUAGGAAUAGCCUGCAAAUACACAUUAGUGAGCAUUUGGAGAUGGGUGGGAUGGAUUUGCUGGCCACAGUGGCAUCUGCCAGGUGGGAAGCAGAUUUCCAAUUGCAAUUCCUAUUUGUGAGCAGUUCACAGGAACAGAACACCACUGAAACCUGUAUUUGUGUGUCAAAGUACAGUAUAGGGUCUCUUGAAGUCUAUAUUCAGUGGCCUCUUUAUUACGUAACUCCUGUACCUAAUAGAGUAGCCACCAAGUGUGUGUUCAUGGUCUUCUGCUGCUGUAGCCCAUCCACCUCAAGGUUCGAUGUGUUGUGCGUUUAGAGAUGCUCUUCUGCAUGCCACUGUCGUAACGUGUGGUUGUUUGAAUCACUGUCGCCUUCCUGUCAGCUUGAACCAGUCUGGCCAUUCUCCUCUGACCUCUCAUUAACAAGACAUUUUUGCCCACAACACUGACGCUCACUGGAUGCUUUUUUGUUUCUUGCACCAUUCUCUGGAAACUCUAGAGACUGUUGUGCGUGAAAAUCCCAGGAGAUCAGCAGUUUCUGGGACAUUCAAACCACCCUGUUGGGCACUAACAAUCAUCCCCCAUUCGAAGUCCCCAUUCUUUCCCAUUCUGAUGUUUGGUCUGAACAAUGACCGAAUGCUUUCAUGCCUGUAUGCUUUUAUGCAUUGAGUUGAUUUUCUGAUUAGAUAUUUGCAUAAAAAAGCAGGUGUUUAGAGUAUCUAAUAAAAUGGCUACUGAGUGUAUAUUGUACUUCAUUUGACUUUCCUGUAACUUGGAUGCUCAAGCAAGCCCGUGUAGAACCACAGGUUGUUGCAGUCCUUCUGUUUACUAUAGUUGUUCAAAACACAUGAUUUAAAAUUCACCCUCUGCUCUCGAUGCUACAUAUCGUAACUUUGCUGAAAUCUACCUUUGAUCAUUUAUUUUGUUACAGUCUAGAAGAAGAAUUGCAGAAACGUAGUUCAACACAUGCAUCUUAAUACAUUAACAUGAGAUUCUGCUGAUGCUGGAAAUCCAGAGUAACACACACAUAAUGCGGAAAAACUCAGUAAGUCAAGCAGCAUCUAUGGAGAAGAAUAAACAGUCGACGUUUCGGGCCCUGACCCUUCUCUAGUCCUGAUGAAUCAGAAUCAGGUUUAUUAUCACUGGCACGUGUCAUAAAAUUUGUUAACUUAGCAGCAGCAGUUUAAUGCAAUACAUAGUAUAGAAGAAAUAAAAUAAAAUAAUAAUACUAAUAAAUCAAUAAAUAAAUAAAUAGAUAAAUCAAUUACAGUAUACAUAUAUUGAAUAGAUUUUAAAUUGUGCAAAAACAGAAAUACUAUUUAUUAAAGAAGUGAGGUAGGGUCCAUUUAGGAAUCGGAUGGCAGAGGGAAAGAAGCUGUUCCUGAAUCGUCUGAAGGAUCUCAGCUUGAAACAGUGACUGCCUGACUUGCUGACUUCCUCCAGCAUUUUGUGCAUCCUUCAGCGGGACUAGUGAAGGGUCUCGGCCUGAAACCUCAACUGCUUGUUCCUCCCCAUUGGUGCUGCCUGAUCUGCUGAGGUUCCCCCUACAUUUUGUACUCUUUAAUACAUUAGACAUUUACUGAAUGUUACUGAUUGAACAAGCCUUUCUUUGCAAUGAUGUAAGUGCAAAGUGAAUAAUUUCUUAGCUACUGGUGCCAAAUAUUUUCAUGUUGGCCCAUGUUUAUUUAUUAAUUAUUCAGUCCAUUUUAUUUGUGUGCUGAGCUCUCUAGCCUAUAGAUUCUAUGGACCAUUCCUGGCAGGUUAAAGCAACCUUCUGUUGAGAAGAGUGCCACUUAUUCCCGCAGCUCGUUGGAUGUGAAGCUUUUGCUCUCAAGGUCCAAGUAAUCUUGCACAACCUUUACAUUUUUAAUCAGUAUGUUCAGUACUGUAAAAUCUAAAGAGGGAAAAGAAAUGCACACCAACACAAGAUUCUGCAAGUGCUAGAAAUUUUGAGCAACACACAUACAAAAUGCCGGAGAAGCUCACCAGGGCAGGCAGCAUCUAUGGAGGGGAAUAAACAGUCAAAGUUUCAGGCUGAGUCCUGAGGAAGGGUCUCAGCCUGAAACAUCAACUGUUUAUUUCCCUCCAUAGAUGCUGCCUGACCUGCUGAGUUCCUCCAGCAGUUUGUGUGUGUUGCUCUGGAUUUCCAGCAUCUGCAGAAUCUCUUGUGUUUAUGAUUUGCACAAUAGAGAAUGCCUCCUAAGUUAAAUGUGACAGGUGGGUGGUAAAUUAGAUAGUUGGUAAUUAUUAAUGUCACGUAUAGCUAAUUACAGUGCCAUCCAUACAGAUGCUUUCAUCACAUCAUUGAGGUAGUACAAGGGAAAUCAAUAACAGAACGCAAAUAAAGUGUGGUGGGGUGAUACUAGGAAGGCUGCUAGUGUAGGGAAGAUCAGCCUGCAGUCUAUAUUGAGCGGAGACAGAAAGACUGAGUCUUGGCAUCAGCUGUUUUUGUGUUUGUGGGGAAUCCGUAAGACUGAAAAUUCGAAAACCAACAAGAUUGGGCUUGGGGUCUCCGGGAUUGGGACUGGAUGUUGGCUGCAGAUAGAAGAGGGAAUUUGGGGAGCAGGGGUUACUGGGGGCAGGAUCAGGACUUAGUUGUGCAUAUUGCUAGGGUUGUAGGAGCAAGAGCUCAAAUCAAACACUUAGAGAAAGUUUUUGACCUGGGGCGAAAGAAAUUGGUGCCAGCAAGCAAAGCUACCAAAGGUAGCAUCCUCAAGACGGUUUACAAAGAUGCCGCCGUCACUUCUGCAUCUUUUUUUUAAUUUCAAAAGUAGUUCUGCCGCUGAAGCUUGUGAUCUACAUUCUGGCAGUGUGUUUUUGGGCCGAUCGAGGGAUCUGGCACUUUGCUGCCCCCGAGGGAGUUUCAUAAGGGUGCAGCUUCGAAGUCAGGAAGCCUGGAGACGGGGUGUAGGCCCAUGAUCGAAUCCAUCCCUUGCAGAUCCUAUUGAUGAAAGUGCCAAGAAAGAUUGAAAUAAUCAAGGCAGGUGCAGAGGGGGAGUGAGUGUUCAGUGCUGUCUUCCAGCCUCCAGGAAGGUGUCUGUAUGUGACCGUCUCUCCCUCUAUCCCCUCCCACUCAGUGAUGCCAGAGCAAGGUUUAAUCCACGCAGACUGUGGACUGAAACACAAUAUGAUGUGCUUCUAGUUUUUAUCAUCGCUCAUUUUAUUUUUGUUGCCUGUUUGGGCGAUUUUGAAUCUCCCUGCAGAUAAGGAACACUGAGCUGAACUGAAAUAUGCCUUUUGAUUUUGUGUUUUAUAUUCUGUCUUUUUCGCUUGUUUUUCUUCUUCAGUUUGUUUUGCAAGUGGGGGAGGGGGUUUGAUUUUUUUUUCUUUGGAUGGGCUCCACGGCUCUUGUUUCGUGGCUGUCUGUGGGGAAGACAUAUCUCAGAGUUGUAUGCUGCGUAAUUUAAAUCCUUUAAAGCAAAAGGAGCCCUUUUCUGGAGAACUUGUCUGGAAAGCAAUGAAUGGCUCCCUGGCAAUAGAUAUGUGCCAGGCCCCCUUGAAUAUGGACUAGGAUCUGGUACAAAUGGUAUCAAAACAUUGCACACUGAAUGGCAGAGCUCUGACAUGUGCAGUAGAGCAAAGGAUCCCUGGAAUACAGAUCCAUAAUUUGAAAGUGGCAUCACAGGCAGAUGAGGUCAUAAAGGGAGCUUUUGACACAUUGGCCUUCAUAAAGCAGGGCUUUGAGAACAGGAAUUCAGAUGCUAUGGUGAAGUUGUAUAGGAUGUUGACGAAGCCCAGAUUGGAGAGUUGUGUGUGGUUCUGGUCACCCACCUCCAGGAACGGUAUCAAUAAGCUUGAAAGAAUGCAGAGAAAACUGAUAAGGAUGUUGCCAUGACUUGAGGAUCUGAGUUACAGGGAAAAGUUAAUCAGGUGAAGUCUUCAUUUCCUGGAGAAUGAGGGGAGACCUUGUAGAGAUACAGUAUACAAAAUUAUGAGGGCAAACAUAAGCAGGCUUUUCCCCCUCAGGUUGGAUGAGUGAGACUAGAACUAGAUGUCAUAGGUUAAGAGUAAAAGGUGAAAUAUUUACAGGAGGUCUGGUGUCAAAUUUCUUCACUCAGAGGGUCAUGAAAGUGUGGACCGAUCUGCCAAAUGAAGUGGUGGAUGCAGGUUCAAUUUUAACAUUAAGGGAAAUUUGGAUAGGAGGGCUAUGACCCAUGUGCAUGCAAAUGGUACUAGGCAGAAAACCAGGCCAGCAAAGACAAGAUGGGCCAAAAAAUCUGUUUCUAAGAUGCCCAUCUCAGAGUGCUGAAGGAACUCAGCAGGUCUAUGACUCUUGAUGAAUGCCUGCCCUAUGCUCAACCAACUUGGGAAAAAAUAUCCAGAAAGGUAUAUUAUACCCAGGUUUGGAGUUUGCAGAGACAAACAUUGUGUUGUGCAGUUGGAUUGAAAGCCAGCAAAUAUUCUGAUCCUUGUCUUCACAAGAAAUGAUUGAGUCAGAAUUCCGAUGAAAGGUCAUCAAUCUUCUUUCCUCUCAGCCCGACCUGCUAAGUAUUUCAAGUGGUUUCUUUUCCCAUUUCAGAUUCCAGCAUCCACUGUAUUUCUGCCAUUCUGUUAUUUUAGAUGCUACUUACCCACUGACCGUUACACCGCUGGCAUUAAGGGCAGCAAUGAAGGUACCCUAUCUCUGGCAGUGUUCAGGGCUUCCUUCAUCCUCUCAGUUUUCAGUCCUGUCAGAUAUGUAAGUCCCAGGUGGAAUACCAUUGCUCUUGAAUGUUGAAGGAUUCCUCAUUGCUGUUUCCAUAACAAUUUUGUUUGACCAGUCAGAGUUGUUAUCCCUGAGCUGAAUCCCCGAACCUGGAGGAUCAGUAGACCAGUCUUGGUCUAGCCUCUACCCUUUGACCUGUUUGGCAUGGGUGACCCUACCAAGUAUAAAGCCCUGACUCCAGGCAACAUAGCUCUCUAGGUCAUUGAGGCACGCAAGCCUCCAAACCACGACAAGGUUGUGGUCCUCUGGAGGAUUUUAGGCACACUGAACUACAAACAGACAUGACUGUAAACUGGCACUUGAUGCCAUUUUGUAUAGAAUGAUAGUGUGUGAUACAGCAUGUAUACAAGCCCUUAACCCCAACUUGUCUAUGCUAAUUAAGAUGUCUGUCUCAGAAUAUGCCAACACAGACAGUGCUGGAGGAACUCAGCAGGUCAGGCAGCAUCUAUGGAAAGGAAGAAAGAGCCGACUUAAGGCAGAAGCCCUUUAUAAGUCCUGAUGUUUUCCUAAGAUGCUGCCUGACCUGCUGAGUUCCUGUAGCAUUUUGUGUGUGUUACUCUGGAAUUCCAGUAUCUACAGAAUCUCUAAUGUUUAGUUUCUUUAGAUGGCAAUUUCUUUAUACCUAAGUAACAAUGAAGACCAUUAUUCAUAAACAGCAUGCAUGGUAAGCAACAGUAGAUGGGAACCAGUGAUGGUCAAGCUGUCUUGAUAAUUGAGUGAUACCAGAAAAUGGGUAAUGUUUUUAGUUCAAUUGGCCAUGUCCAGACCAGCAGAAGUAAAUAGAGUCUAAGUAUAAGUUCAGGUACUGCUAGAGUUGUACUGAGUAACCAUGCACUCAGAAGCCACUGUGUGUAUGUUUGUGGUCUUCUGCUGCUGUAGCAUAUCCAUUUCAGGGUUUGGCAUGCUGUGCAUUUAGAGAUGCUCUUCUGCAUACCACUGUUGUAAAAGGUGGCUAUUUGAGUUACAGUCAGCUUGAACCAAUCUGAUCUUUCUCCUCUGACCUCUCACGUUUUCAUCCACAGAGCUGCCAUUCACUGAUUAUUUUUCCCACACCAUUCUCUGUAAAUUUUGAGAUUGUUGUGCAGGAUAAUCCAAGUAGAUCAGCAGUUUCUGAGAUACUCAGACCACCCCCCCCCCCCCCGUGGCACCAACAAUCAUUCCAUGGUCAAAGUCACUUAGAUCACAUUUCUUCCCCAUUCUGACGUAUGGUCUGAACAACAACUGAACCUCUUGACCAUGUCUGCAUGCUUUAAUGCAGUGAGUUACAUAAAUGAGCAGAUGUACAUAAUAAAAUGGCCACUGAGUGUAUGUGCAAAUUAAUAAACACAUUUUUUCCAAUUUCCGUUUCUUGACGUAUGUGUAGAUAAUAUGGAUACAUAUUGCAGAAAAUUAUGAUAUGUACUCUUUUCCAGGAACACAUAUUCCCCAUAAUUGAGGAGUCACUUGUACUGAUAUAUAGUGCCUAUAAAAAGUAUUCAUCCCCUGCCCCCCAGAAGUCUUUACAUUUUAUUGUUUUACAACAUUGAAUCACAGUGGAUUUUAUUUGCCUUUUUCUGACACUGAUCAACAGAAAAAGACUCUUCACGUCAAGGUGAACAAAUAACAUUACCAAUUUUCUGGUAGUGUCCAAUUAUCAAUUUGCUGAUGAAAUUUAGGUUUGGUUGUCUGUGGUUGCUUUAAGUUCUUGAGAACAAGGCUCAUCAAUACUUCAUGCCACCUAUUAUAACCUGACUCCGUUUGUUCGGAAAUCCUGGUGGCUCAGCAUCUACCUCACAUGCUAAUUGGGGUUGUGAGUGGGAGGUUCAGAGUACAACCAGUGUAUGGCCACGGUCAGGGGUCUGGAGUGUGGCCGAGGUUGGGGUCUGGGCCAUCAGGGUCGGUAACAUGGGUCGAUUUGUAACUGAAGUCUGGGUCUGUAGUAUUUAUAUAUUUUAUGCUCUCUUUAAACCCACUGGGUAAUUGAUUAUACUGCUAUGUAAUAUGUGGAAAUUGUGAAAUAAAGGUGUGGUUGAUUAUCCAUU